CAGUCAAAUAGCGAGAGGUAGUCAGCUAUCAGCUGUGCGCUACGUUUCAAAGAGGUCACCUUGAAGUUGUGAAUUUUUGUAUUCAGUCAAUUUUAUUGUAUCGCUGCUCGUGGUUCGUACGCACAGGCAGUUUUUUCAGUUUCUCAACGCUGCAACAGCCAACGCCGAAGUCAGUUAAGUCACAAAAUUUUUUGGUAAGCAAAUAAACGCCGAGACACAAACAACGAAAUUCCGCGCAAAUCUUACAGUUAGCAGAUAAUAGAUAAAUUAAAGUGCUACAACAAAUCACCCACAAGACAGGAUGGAUGGCUUUCAACGCUUUAUCGUUGGGCUUCAGCGAAAGCUCUACACUUUUCUUCAAAUCGUGCUGAAUUGGCAGUUUGUGCGUUGGUUUGUCGAUUUAUAUUCGAAAUUAACUACCGAUCGUCGCAGCAUUGGCGCUGACACCGACGACGACGGCGCCGACGCCGACGCCACCACCAACGCAGCGACCAAAGCCAGCGCCACUGCCAGCAACAACAAUAGAAAGCGUAUUAAAUGGUCGUGUGGUGUUACUGACGGCGAGAAGGAGCAGGAGGGGGCGGAGGUGGACGAACAGUCCCUAUGCUCAGUAUCUGCAACGAAAGAAGCUCAAGGAAUCGAUGAGUGUAAUACGAAAGAGCGGGAAGCUGCGCACACGAAGCACCAACGAACUACAACUUCCGAUAUCGCAUGCGAGCCAGAACAGCAAUCGCCCAGCAAACCGGUGACAGAAACUGUCACGGAUGUCGGAUUGGCAGGUGUGCUUAACGCAAGUCCGAACGCAAGCACAAAAAUGGGAAAUAAUCAUAGUAGUAAUAAAAACAAGCAAAACUCAAACAAAAACAAUGCCGGCGGUGAGGGAUCCAAGUCACCAAAGUCUCCGACUUCACCGACGUCACCGAAAAAGUGUAAUUCAAAGGAUAAAAAUAUAAAACCACCAAAAUACACGGACGACGCGGCACCUGAAAAGCCGAACCCUGACAUAGUUAUAUCAAGUUAUGUGCUAGACAAGAGCGGUCAUCAAAUACCAGAAAGCUCGGUACCAGAACUAAACUCCAAGCAAAGCAGCUUAACGCCUAUUAACUCAACAGAAGUUGAAACGAGGUCAGAAGUUGAAGGGCUAAACUCCAAUUUAACACAAGUUUCUUCGAAUUCAAAGGAGCAAUUCGAUUUGGAAUUGAACAAUAAAGAAGACGAAGAAGGAACAGUCAGAGAAGAGACAAUUAGCAAAGUAAAACACUCAGCGUCUACAACUGUCGAAGCGAAAGUACCAAAGUCAAGUUCGGUUCAGUUAGAGUCGUACGAAGAGCCAAGACCACUCGAUAUGACCGUAUCGGGUGAUAUACAUAGUGUGCCCAUCGCUGAAGGUACCAACGCCGAGAAUGUGCUCUACCGCAUUAAGCGUGGCUCCACAGUGCGUGUGCAUGGCGAUGCUUCUCUGCUGGGUCGAGAAAUUAUUUUAUAUACCAAUUACCCAGCUGAGGGUAAAAAGUUCGUGCGCACGGAGUACCGCAUACUGGACUGGCAUUUGCGUAACGGCAAACCAUUUACUACCAAUCUAAAUAAGUAUGCCCACAUUGUAGAUACUGAUAUAUUCAGUCAGGUGAAGAUGAAUCUCUCGGGUACCUUCCGUUUCUGGUUUCAAUAUAAGAACAGCCAAAGCUCCGAGCCUGACGGCGCACUUUACAUACAAGUGGAGCCGACACUUCAUGUUGGCCCACCUGGCGCCCAGAAGAUAAUCCCACUGAAUUCAGUGCGUUGUCAGACGGUUAUCACGAAGUUAUUGGGACCCAUCAACACUUGGGAGUCGAAAUUGCGUGUCGCUAAGGAAUCUGGUUACAAUGUGAUCCAUUUCACACCCAUUCAAGAGCUCGGUGGCUCACGUUCCGCGUAUUCACUGCGCGAUCAAUUGAAGGUUAACCCAAACUUUGCCGCAAAGAAGGGCGGCUCUGUAAGUUUUGAAGAUGUGGAUAAAGUCAUCAAGAAAUGCCGGCAAGAGUGGGGUAUAGCCUCCAUUUGUGAUAUUGUUCUUAAUCACACAGCCAACGAAUCCGAUUGGGUACGCGAACAUCCCGAUGUUACAUACUCUUGCGCGACCAGUCCAUAUUUGCGCCCCGCCUUCUUGCUCGAUGCCGUACUAGCCAAGUGUGGUGAGGACGUGGCAGCCGGUCUCUUGGAGCACGUUGGCGUGCCGGCAGUGAUCGAGCAUGAGGAUCAUUUACAAGCUCUGAAAUAUCAAUUGCAUAGCGUUUAUUUGCCUAAAGUAAAUAUCUACGAACUGUUCCAAUGCAACAUUAGCAAAUAUAUGGAGGAGUUCAAAGGUCUAGUGCGCACGCGUUCGCCUCCUAAGAACGUCGCAGAUGUGUCGCGUUUCAAUGAAAUACAACUGAUCAAGGAUCCACAGUAUCAUCGUCUCGGUGCUAAAAUUGACUUAAAUUUGGCACUAGAGAUUUUCAACGGUUUCCACGGCGACUGUUUCGAUGAGGAAUCACGCUUCCGCAAGUGCGCCGAGACUUUGCGUCACCGCUUAGAGACGCUUAAUGAGGAAGUACGUGCAGAAGUCCAGGGUUACUUGGGUUAUGCCAUUGAGAACUGUCUGGCUGGUGCGCGAUAUGAACGUGUGCAGCACGAUGGUCCCAAGGUACGCGAAAUUUCCGAAAAGCAUCCACUCUUCAUGCAAUACUUCACGCAAGUUAAAGCCAUCGGCAAGAGUCUUCAGGAGAUAGAAGAGGGCAUGUAUGGCGACAUGGGCAAAUUCUUCCAAGCGCACAAUGGUUGGGUUAUGGGGUAUAGUGACCCGUUAUGUGACUUUGCCGAGGAGCAACCAGGACGUGAGAAUGUGUAUUUGAAGCGUGAACUAAUUGCUUGGGGCGACAGCGUUAAAUUGCGUUAUGGCAAGAAACCCGAAGAUAGUCCAUAUUUGUGGAAGCACAUGACUGAGUAUGUAGUGACAACAGCCAGAAUUUUCGAUGGCGUUCGCUUGGAUAACUGUCACUCAACACCGCUACAUGUUGCAGAGUAUCUUUUGGAUGCCGCACGGGCGAUUAACCAAGACUUGUAUGUAGUAGCGGAGUUGUUCACAAACUCGGAUGCCACAGAUAAUGCCUUUGUUAAUCGCUUAGGCAUUACUUCGUUAAUACGUGAGGCCUUGUCCGCCUGGGAUUCUCACGAGGAAGGACGUCUGGUAUACCGUUAUGGCGGUGAACCGGUCGGAGCUUUCUACGUCAAUCCCAAGCGUGAUCUGGCACCCGCCGUUGCCCAUGCGCUUUUUAUGGACCAAACGCAUGACAAUCCAUCGCCUGUUGAAAAGCGCUCGGUUUACGACUUAUUGCCGUCAGCAGCUUUAGUGUCAAUGGCAUGUUGCGCCACGGGCAGCAAUCGCGGUUAUGACGAGCUUGUCCCGCAUCAUAUCCAUGUUGUGGACGAGGAGCGCCAGUACCAGGAGUGGGGUAAGGGUGUUGAUAGCAAUUCCGGCAUUAUUGCCGCAAAGCGAGCGCUCAACUUGUUGCAUGGCCAACUUGCCGAAGAGGGCUUCAAUCAGGUCUAUGUCGAUCAAAUGGAUCCGAAUAUUGUGGCUGUGACGCGUCACUCACCAACCACACAUGAAAGUGUCAUACUUGUUGCACACAGUGCUUUCGGUUACCCACAUCCCAACACUGGCCCAACAGGCGUGCGUUCUCUACGCUUCGAAGGCACUCUCAACGAGAUUAUACUUGAAGCCGAUAUUUCAAUGAAGAGCGACAAGCCUUACGACCGGCCGGGACCAUUUAAGAAGGAUCCUAACUACAUUAAUGGAUUUUCGCAGUUCCAACUCAGUUUGCGCGAACACAUACCGCUAAACAAGUCGAAAAUUUUCCAUGCUACGCCUCACGUCGAUGGUAGUGUCACACAACUGGAUUUCGAAAACCUCUACCCAGGCUCCGUGGUUGCUGUCAGAGUAUCUCUGCACAACCCAACGAAGCCACACGCAGAAUAUCUGCAGAGACUUGUUAACUCUUUGCAAUCAGAGAGCGGCGCUGUGUACGACGAGCUCCGUGAAAUCAUCUCUAAACUGGAUUUGGUCGACCUAAACCGUUCACUUUUUACAUGCGACGAGGAAGAACGUGAUCACGGCUAUGGUGGCGCCGCUUACGAUAUACCAAACUAUGGGCGUAUAGUUUACUGCGGUCUACAGGGCUUUAUCUCCAUACUGACAGAGAUAUCUCCGCGCAAUGACUUGGGUCAUCCACUUUGCAAUAAUCUUCGAGAUGGCAAUUGGAUGUUGGAUUAUGCUGCUGAUCGUCUGAACCAUCGCGAAGGGACGCAAGUGCUCUCAAAGUGGCUGAAAACAACUUUUGAUUCUUUGAAGAAUAUACCAAGAUACCUCAUUCCCUGCUACUUCGAUGCAAUCCUAAGUGGCGUGUACGAGGCGCUUGUGGCACACACAUAUCAACUGAUGCCGGAGUUCAUACGGGAUGGUCACAACUUCCCGCAAACUCUCGCUUUAGCGACGCUACAGUUCCUAUCGGCUUGCAAGUCAGCCAAUUUGCCGCCACUUAGUCCGGCAGUGAAACCUCAACCACCAGAGAUUUGCGUCACACUUUCAGCUGGAUUGCCACACUUUUCUACCGGCUACAUGCGCUGCUGGGGACGUGACACAUUCAUAGCGAUUCGGGGUGUUAUGUACUUAACGGGACGCUUCCAGGAGGCACGCUACAUCAUACUCGGCUUCGGUCAAUGUCUACGACAUGGUCUCAUACCGAAUUUGUUGGAUAAUGGUACCAAGCCGCGCUUCAACUGCCGCGAUGCCAUCUGGUGGUGGUUGAACUCCAUCAAGCAGUAUGUACAAGAAGCUCCACAGGGCAAGGAUAUCCUUAAGGAUAUGGUGUCGCGCAUUUUCCCCUACGAUGAUAGCGAGCCGCAUGGACGUGGUAAAUUCGAUCAGAAAUUGAUCGAUGUCAUGCAGGAGGCGCUGCAGGUGCAUUUCCAGGGCUUACAGUAUCGUGAGCGCAAUGCGGGCUAUGAGAUCGACGCACACAUGACGGACCAAGGUUUCAACAACAAUAUCGGUGUGCAUCCCGAGACAGGAUUCGUGUUCGGUGGCAACAUUGCCAAUUGCGGCACAUGGAUGGACAAGAUGGGCUCGUCGGAGAAGGCCGGUAAUCGCGGACGUCCUGCCACACCACGCGACGGCUCUGCAGUUGAAUUGGUUGGACUACAAAUGUCGGUAUUGCGUUUUUUGCAAUCGCUAAGCGAACAGGGUAUUAUUGAGUACAAAUCGGUGGAACGCAAGGGACCAAAUGGUGAAACAACCACUUGGACAUACAAGCAGUGGGCAGAUCGCAUACAGAACAGCUUCGAGAAAUAUUUCUUUGUCAAUGAAUCGGAGACAGGUAUGCAAGCGAACAAGAAGAGUAUCUACAAAGACUCGUACGGCGCCUCGCAGGGUUGGACCGAUUUUCAAUUGCGUUGCAACUUCCCAAUAGCAAUGGUUGUCGCGCCAGAGCUCUUCAAUCCACAAAAUGCCUGGGCUGCUUUGGAACAAGCGCGCAAACAUCUGCUCGGCCCACUGGGUAUGAAGACACUCGAUCCAGAUGAUUGGAAUUAUCGUGCAAAUUAUGAUAACUCAAAUGAUGCUGACGACUGUACGGUGGCGCAUGGCUUUAAUUAUCAUCAAGGACCCGAAUGGGUGUGGCCCAUUGGCUUUUAUUUACGAGCACGCCUAAUAUUUGCUAAAAAAUGUGGUUAUUUGGAUGCGACCAUCGCUGAGACAUGGUCAAUUUUGCGCGCUCACUUAAAGGAGUUGAACACUUCCCACUGGCGUGGCCUGCCUGAGUUGACCAACGACAACGGCUCUUACUGCCAUGGUUCCUGUCGCACGCAAGCCUGGAGUGUGGCCACCGUACUGGAGGUUCUGCACGACUUGCACGCCAUCGGCGGAGAUGUUUGAAAAUAAAACAGUGACCCCGAAUAGACAUAAAAGCAGCAGAGGAGGAAGGAAAAGGAGAAGAAGCGCCGCCAUAAAUUUGAUCCUUGUGAUCGCCAUGAUUGUUGCAUAUUUUGAGCGUUCGUUUAGAUGAUUGUUGCAAUACAUUUCGCAUUAAGCUAUACAUACAUACACAUAUACAUACAUAGUUAUGUAAACUCGUACCUAAAAUAUAAAAGUGUUGCAAUACGCUGUUGAU